AUGAGUAUAUUCACCGGGACCUUUCGCCUGCAGGACAUCACCAUCAUGUACUUCACAGCCCUGGCUGCGCUGGUUCUCAUCCUGGUGGCGUCGUACCAGGCCCCGGCCAGAGCCAUCAACCCCCUGGACCCCUCGUCCAGCCCCCGGGCCCCCGCACCCCCUGCUCUGCCCAUGCCCUUCCACGUGCCACUGGACCCCCGCGGUGACCUCCAGCUGGCCUGGAACGUCAGCUACGCCACGCAAGAGGUCUACUUUGAGCUGACGGUGGCCCACAUACAGCACGGCGUGUUGCUGGGCAUGUCCGACCGCGGGGAGCUGACCAACGCCGACCUGGUGGUUCUGUGGGACGACGGAGCCAAGAGCUACUUUGGGGAUGCAUGGAGUGAUGCAGAGGGUCAUGUAACUCAGGACCAACAACAGGAUUACCAGCUGCUGGAGGCCAGCCAGACCCCCCAGGGCUUCCACCUGCUCUUCAAUAGAUCAUUCAGCACCUGCGACCCCAGGGACUACCUCAUCCAGGAUGGUACGGUCCACAUCAUUUACGGUCUCCUGGACCGUCCCAUCGCGUCCCUGGACCGGCUCAACCUGUCCCUCAUCCAGACGGGGAUGCAGCGGGUGCUGAUGCUGCGGCCGGACGGCCCGGCGCCCUCCCUGCCCCCCGACGCCCAGACCCUGGAGGUCCUGGCGCCCAACGUCACCAUCCCGGGCAAGGAGACCACCUACUGGUGCUCCGUCCAGCAGCUGCCCCUGAACAUGCCCCGCAACCACAUAGUCAUGUACGAGUCGGUGAUCACCCCGGGCAAUGAGGCCAUCGUCCACCACAUGGAGGUGUUCGAGUGUUCUCCUGACGUCCCGGACGUCCCGAGCUACAGCGGGCCCUGUGACGACAAGAUGAAGCCCAGCAAGCUCAACUUCUGCCGCCACGUCCUGGCGGCCUGGGCCAUGGGGGCGGAGGCAUUCUACUACCCACCAGAUGCAGGUCUUCCUCUCGGCGGUCCGGGCUCUUCCAGGUUUCUACGGCUGGAGGUCCACUACCACAAUCCCCUGCUGCUCUCUGGCCGGCGUGAUACCUCCGGGGUACGCUUGUAUUACACCCCCAGUCUGCGGCGCUACGACGCGGGGAUCAUGGAGCUGGGCCUUGUCUACACUCCCAUCAUGGCGGUGCCUCCGAGACAGCGCGCCUUCGACCUCGCCGGCUACUGCAACUCCAAGUGUACCCAGACCGCGCUCCCUCCAGGUGGGAUCCAUAUAUUUGCGUCCCAGCUCCACACCCACCUGGCGGGGAGAGGGGUCCGGACUGUUCUGGUGAGGGGAGGAGUGGAGCUGGAGGUCGUACAAGAAGACCAGCACUACAGCACACAUUACCAGACCAUCAGAAUGCUAAGGAAGAUGGUCAGUGUAUUACCUGGAGACGUGCUGGUGACCAAGUGCACGUACAACACAGAAGAUCGGAGCGGACCCACGGUGGGAGGCUUCGGCAUCAUGGAGGAGAUGUGUGCGAACUACAUCCACUACUACCCCCGCACUCAGCUGGAGCUGUGCAAGAGCCACGUGGACGCCGACUACCUGCAGAAGUACUUCAGCCUCAUCAACAGGUUCCAAGGUAGAGACCAGUGUGUGUGUGGUGAGGCCGGGGUGACGCAGCAGUUCUCUGCUCUGCACUGGGACCCAUUCAGCGGCGAGGUGCUGGACUCCCUGUACAACAACGCCCCCAUCUCCAUGCACUGCAACCAGUCGUCUGCACGCCUCUUCCCUGGGCAGUGGGACCACCAGCCUCUCCCGGAGGUCACCUCUGUGCUCCAGCAGCCCCUGUACCCGUGUGAGGGAGGAAGGCUAAACCCAGGGAACUGACCGCGCCCCUAUCCGGACCCGGGCAGACUGAAGGGCGUGGCCGGGGUCCCACAGGGGUUGAUGACCUCACAUUGGCUUCACCAUGAUGUCUUUGCCCCUCUUCUCUGAAACUGAAGGGUUCAUGUGGCCCUGGAGGAGUGAUGUCCCCAUUAUAUUAUAUAUUAAGAGCACUAAUAAAAAAUACAAUCAAAUAAAUUGAAAUAACUGGGAGCCUGACUUGCAUGAUCCUGAAGUAAGAAUUGUGUAAGAAUAUACCUUUAUAGCCUCCAGAGUGUUUACAUUGUUUAAGUCUCAUGAUACAGUGUGGUAGGCUGCAAAUGUAAGGGGAUGUGCAACAGCUUUCUCACACAGAGGAUUGUGAUUGCUGGAUUAAACGGGCAAAUAAUUUGUAGCAGGCAUAUAUUCGAAAAGCUAAAAGCCGGGCAAGCAUAUUCUUUUAAAUCAUCUUUGAGUUCACCGAGAUGCUGUUGGAACCUCAGACAGUCUACCAUAAAGGGCGAACCCUGACUAACAUUUUAACCAGCGAACUGGCCAUAGCGCCACCUGUUGGCAAACACACCAUUUUGUUCUGCAUUUAACCCUGAUACAAAUGUCAUCUUCUAUACUUGUGUAAUGUAUAUUA